AUGGUGAUUCGUUGUGGUUGGAGUGGUCGAAGCAAUGGCCAGUACGGACAGGGCGGUGAGUGGACAAAUAAGUUGUACUUUACAGACGACGCAGAAAAUCCGGGUGAAUCUCCUGUCGAGAUAUCCGAUGAUGAAGUGGAGACUUACUUCGCCGAAGUCGAGGGAACAGAGGAGAAUAUUGUGGACGCCCGGAUCUACAAGAACAACCUCUUCACGUCAUGGCUACCGAAAUUGGGUGGAAUGUGGCACGAGUUUACGGUCGUAGAGUCCAAGAGUUGGUACUGGUCGUUUGAGAAAAACGCCGAAGGUAUUCAGGUGCAACGUGGCAAAACUCUCAAAUCUGUGAGAGAUAGUUUCCGUGGUGAGGCACGCGUGGGAAGUGUAGAACCGGAAGGGAGGCCUCCCACGAAGGGACAUAAAGGGGAUACGAUCCAGCAUAUAUUUGUUUGGAUUUAUAAGAAAGAUGAGCUCAAUAAGGAUUACCAUGUGACCAAGUCCAAUUGUCACUUCCUCGCGUCGAUGGUGUUCGAGGCGAUCGCGCGUCUAAAGGGCCGAAAGCUCCAGUAG